AUGAAGACUUGUGCUACUCUGUUGCUAUUUUUAUUCGCCUUGGUAUGUCAGAGUCUUUCAAUUCGGCACCAUCGACGAUUACUUUCGUCUGCAUUCGGAAAAUACCGUAUAUCACCAAAAACUGGUGUUCGCAUUGCAUUACCAACACCGGAACAACUUCAGUGGCAAGCACAAGAGUUAGGUGUUCUUAUUCAUUUUAACUUGGAAACAUUCUUUGCUGAUGGGUUUGAAUUGCGAAAUAUUCCAAGUUCUUCAUUGUUUGAUCCAUAUUUAUUGAAUACGGAUAACUGGGUACAAACAAUGAUCGAUUUUGGUGCCCAGUAUGCUGUACUGGUGGCUAAACAUGGAUCUGGUUUUCUUAUGGCACCUACUGAUGUAAAGUUUCCCUUAAACCCAUCUGGUGAAAUCGUACCGUAUAAUUAUACAAUUGACUAUUCACCAAUGAAGGGCAGAGAUGUAUUGAAAGAAUUUGUCGACAGUUGUGAAAAGCGACAAAUCCGAACCGGAUUCUAUUAUUCGGUAGUAUCAAAUAACUAUCUUAACGUGCAGAGUGGUAUGGUUCAAAAUCGGUCACUGGAACCCGGACAACUCAACGUAACUCAGCAAACGUAUGAUUCUAUUGUUUUGCAACAGUUAAGAGAAAUCUGGACUAGAUAUGAGAGAUUAGAGGAAAUUUGGUUUGAUGGAGGAUAUACAGAGAGUUUGAAAGAGCCAAUUACUGCCUUAUUGGCUGAACUUCAACCUCAGGCGAUUGCUUUCAAUGGCUAUGGUGUUUCGACAAAUCCUGCUCGGUGGAUUGGCACGGAAAUGGGCAUUGCACCUGAUCCAAACUGGUCAACGGGUGUAACUAACGAUGGCGGUGAUCCUGAUAGUCCAAUCUUUUGUCCUGCAGAAUGUGAUACGACACUUCAAGAUCACGAUCGAUGGUUCUGGACGAAUAUGACAUUACGCUCGCUUGCCGAAAUGAUAGACGCUUAUCAUUCAACUGUUGGCCGAAACUGUAUCCUUAUGUUAGACCUUGCUCCUGAUCGCACCGGUCUGAUUCCAAUAAACCAUGCACGUCGUUAUAAAGAACUCGGUGAUUUCAUUCGUUCCUGCUAUGGUACCUCAGUCACACCUACACAACAGCUCAUCGUCCAAGACUCCUCGCUUCACAUCCUACGAUUCGAUGCAACACCUGUCACCGUCGAUCGCUCAGUCAUUCAAGAAGAUCAAACAAAUGGACAAGUCAUUCGAGCUUACACUGUCGACAUACAACUAGUUAAUGCAACACAUUCUGAUCAAUGGAUCACCGUGGUAAAAGGUACCAGUGUCGGAAACAAGAAAAUUGAUAUCUGGUCAAUUGGAGCACAGUUAGUAAACGGUGUCCGACUGAACAUAACCAAAUCCGUGGACACACCAGUGAUCAAAGCAUUUACAGUUCAUUUGUGUAAUUGA